GCUGGGGCUCGCUGGGGCCGGACGGGAGCAGCUCGGCUCCCCCAAGGAAUGGGCUCCCUCCCGGCGCGGUCGGACGGUGGCCAGACCCCCGAGGAGCCGCCUGUCCCGCUGCUCUGUCCGCUCGGGGUGCCUCUUCCAUAAGUUUUGCCUCACACCACUAAAAUCCACAGCUUUUUCAUCUCCGGAGCUCUGCUGCAACCUCCCUCCCUCCAGUACCUCCUCGGUCCCUUUAUUCGUGUUCGUUUUUCCCCUACACGCUGCCUAAGGUGUUCCUCGGCUUAAGUGAUCCUUCAUCUCACAUCAGCGCUCACUGCUUCAUCUCCUCAAAACCUGCAAUGCAAUCCCUGACAGUCAACCUUCUACCCCAUGAAACGAGCUCUCUGCAUCCCAGAAACUUUCCUGAGGUCAGCUGGGAAGGCUCGUGCCCACAGCUUUGCUCUUCCCUAUGGCAGCGCGGCUGGUCUGUGUCAGAGUGGGCAGAGCACACGGAUGCAGGAUGUGAACCUCCCUGCCAAACUGCUCGCUUCUGACAAAAUCUGGAUGUGCAGGGCUGCCUGCUCGUCUGGGGGAUAUUCCUGGCCAUUGCAAUGCUUUCAGCUUACUCCUUUGGAUGCAGAGCAAUGGGUGUUCCUGCACAAGCCCUCCUGCAGUGCCCCAGACGCCCCACUGAUAAGGCCUUAAUCAGCACAUUCCACGGAGCUGCUCAAGGAGUUGUGCCGAAGCUGUUAACAGUAGUGUGGAACAGGACCAGCUGAGCACUGAGGCUUCUACCUAAAUCGGCAGUUACUAUGUCACUGCAGAAUGCCAUCACCUCCCUGUAAAUCAGCUUUCUCAGGUCCUUUGCAAGUGGCAGAAGAUCAGAGGGGUCCCCUGAGAUCACAGGCAAUGACGGAUCAAUUCAGUGAUGCCGAAAAGUCAGAGUGCCCAUCGUGCAUCCUGGCUCACCAGGAGCGGAGCCCUGGAGCAGAGGUGGGGGGGCACAGCUGUACUGUGCCACAGGGAUAGAGGGCGAAGAUGGAAGGCAUCAGCCCAUCCAUCUUCAGGUGGCAUCAGGCCUCUUCUGGAGCCGCCUUUCAUCUGCUGCUUUAGCAAAGUUCAGAUGCGCUCGUUCGGAAGGAUUUCUCUCGGCUCGAGGCAAGAAAAGCACUUUUACUUCCGUGCUUCUGCUUUCAAAGCAUGCCCCGGUGUGUCUGCCGGGCCAGCCGAGGGAUGCGUCUCUUCGGGCUUCCUCUGCCGUGAAGGGAAAAGUCUCCUUUUGUCCGAGGGGCUCCCACAGCCCCUCUCUCAAAGGGGCGGCGAUGCACGAAGCUCUGCCUCCAUCUCCCGGGAGCUCUCCCUGGAGUCUCCGUCUGCCUGGACGUGGCCUGCCUGCAAACUCCUUCGCGCUGCGACGCGUGACGGCCCCGGGGCCCCUUCCCCCUCUCCUCGGGGCUGGCGGGGCCCGCCCUGACCCCAGCCCGGCCCCCCGCUCCGCUCGGCUCCGCUCGCAGUCCGCCCGCCUCUGCCGGCCUGUGCGGACCUGCCGCGGCCGCCCCGCCGGGCCAGGGCACACCCAGGAGGGUGUGAGCGCAGCGGGAGCCGAGUGCUGGCACGCGUGGGCCGGGGAGAGCCCAGCCCCGCGCUCACCUGGCCCAGCUGCGGGAGCCCGACAUCCGCGGGGAGCAGGACACCUGACGUUUGCUCUGGGACAGUCUGCUGCUAUGGCAGACCCCCCUGGCUGCUGCUCUACCUGCGCCACCUGCCUGCUCUGCCCCUACAGCUGCCAGUGGAUCACUGCCAAGAAGGAGAAGAGGAAGGGCCUGAGAACCACCAAGUAUGACUGCAGCUGGUUCCUUUUCCUCUUCUGCGUCUUCCUCUUCACACUGGUGUGGCUCUACUUCGCUAUCAUCAUCCUCAAUGAUUUCCACAACUUCAGCGAAUUCAUCUUCAGGCAGAGGAAGCUGUGGCUAGACUGGUCCCUGGUCCUGCUCAUUCCUACAGCUGUGCUGGUCAGCUACUCGUCUGUGCUGCUGGUCCUUGCUUUGUGCUUGCAGCUCUGUGGCCAGCCCUUGAAGCUACACUGGGUGCACAAGAUCCUGCUGAUCCUAACUGUCCUGGUGGUGGCUGCAGCCUUCACGGGGCUGGGAAUAAAGUGGGCAGAGGAGUGGAAAAGUGCUCGUAUCUCCCUGCAGGCAACAGGUCCCUUCCUGCACUUGGGAGCUGUGGGUGGAAUGACGCUCCUUGCCUGGCCCCUGGCCAGCUUCAUCUACCGCACCCGCAGCACAGGUCUCAGGGUGUUUUUGCUGCUCGUGUACUGUGCAGCGAUGCUUGCACUAUACCUGGCUCCCUUGGGAAUCACCUCCCCUUGCAUCAUGGAGGAGAACCAGCUGCCCCCCAAGCCAGCCCUAGUUGGCCAUCGAGGAGCACCCAUGCUGGCCCCUGAGAACACCCUCAUGUCACUGCACAAGGCAGUGGACUGUGAUGUGCAAGUCUUUGAGACAGACGUCAUGGUGAGUGCUGAUGGGGUGCCAUUCCUCAUGCAUGACGAGGAACUCACCAGGACCACCAACGUGCAGGCUGUGUUCCCUGAGAGGGCUGCCCUGAACAGCACUGCCUUCAACUGGACAGACCUCCAGCGGCUGGAUGCUGGCAGCUGGUUUCUGGAGCGGAGGCCAUUUCCCACUGUACAGAGUCUUUCUCCUGGUGAUCGCAAGGAAGCAGCUGAACAGAGGAUCCCGUCCCUGGAGCAGGCUCUAGAGGCAGCCAAGCAGAGCAACAUCUCCAUCAUGUUUGACCUCCGGCCUGAGAACCACAGUGACUACCAGAACUUUGUCAAUGUCACCCUAGGAGUGAUUUUACAGUCAGGCAUCCCGCUGCAGCAGGUCCUCUGGCUUCCAGAUGGGUUCAGGGAAGAUGUCAAACAGCAGGCCCCAGGUGUCCAGCAUGUCUAUGGCCGGAAGAGAUUUGAGAAUGAAAAUGAGCCAGUACUGCACGUCAAUCUGCCCUACCAGGACAUGAGCUCUGAGGAGAUCAGGCAGUACCGCCAGGACAACAUCUCUGUCAACUUGUACGUGGUGAACCAGCCCUGGCUCUUCUCCGUGCUGUGGUGUUCAGGGGUGAGCUCUGUCACCACCAAUGCCUGCCAGGUGCUGAAGGAGAUGAAACACCCCAUCUGGCUGCUGCCCAACAGCACAUACUUCAUGAUCUGGAUCGUUGUAGACUGCUUUUCUUUCCUUAUCAUCAUCUGGGCCUUUGUCUUGAUGAAGAAAUGUUCCCACAGAAGACGGCCAGCGGGUGAGUGCGCAUGGAAGGGGAGCUUCCCUCCCUCGGAGCCAGGCUCUGCCUGUGGGACUCUCCCUGACAGAGUCUGAGACAGAUGUGCUGCUCACAAAGAUCAACAGCUUGAUGCAAGAGUGACGCCUGUGUCAGCUGCGGGGAAGGGCAGCCAGAGCCCUGCACAGCUCAAGCGGGGAGCACUCCUCGGGCCAGCUUCAAGGCUCCUUUCCUUCGAGCCUCACUUCUACCGUGGCCUUCCUGCUUCCUUUCACGGUGCACAGCUGCCCUCAGCAGAAAAGACUUGGAACUGA